GCUGGACCAGGUGAGGAAGUAGGAGGCUGGGAACCCGGGACUGUGGGGGCAAGUUGAGGGCUCCCAGGGUCGUCGGGGCUGAGCCGAGAGGGUAGUUAGAAUUUCUGUGGUUUAGGGUCCCUCCCUCCGUAUGGGGUUAGACUCAGUGCAGGGAGAGCCCAGCCUAUGAAACCUCCUGGGAGGUCUGCAGGCUCAAGGCUUUCCAGUCGGCCCGAGCCGGCGGGCGCCCCCGGAGGUUUUGUAUGGUGCCUUAGUAGUCGGCCCCUUUGGAACCAGAUGAAAUGGUCUUUUUGAGUUUAUGCUUUAUUAUUAUUAUUGUUUAUUUAUUUAUUUUUCCGAGACGGAAUUUUGCUGUGACUUCCAGGCUGGAGUGCAAUGGCGCGAUCUCAGCAGCCUCCGCCUCCCGGGUUCAAGCGAUUCUCCUGCCUCAGCCUCCCGAGCAGCAGUUUAUGAGCUUACGGAAAGCCUGGCCUACAUUUUACUCUUUUUGGAUUUCUUCCUCACCAAGAGACUGCUGCAGUGCCUGUCGUGCUAGGGUGAGAAAAUAGGUUUAUCAAGCUGUUGUGUCAACCUUGAGUUUUCAUCUUGGAGAAGAGGUCACUCCUGACCCAGGCAGAAAGUUGAGAGGAAGGAAUGACAAUGGUCCUUGUCACAUGGGAGGUGCACAUAUGAUGGCCACAGACCCGGAGUCUGGAAAACAAGCAGAGUGCGAAGUGGGCAGCUGAGCCUUGAAUGAACUCAGGAUAUAGAAGUGGAGAGGGAUCCAUCAGGAGUGCCUCCUUGGUAAAAGGUGACAGUGGCAUGGCCAUAUGCCCCAGGCUUUCCUGCUGGGGUCCAUCCAUGAGCCUGCGGUUGCCCUGAUGGAGCCCCAGCCCUGCCCUGGAAGCUUGGCUGAGAGCUUCCUGGAGGAGGAGCUUCGGCUCAAUGCUGAGCUGAGCCAGCUGCAGUUUUCGGAGCCUGUGGGCAUCAUCUAUAAUCCCGUGGAGUAUGCAUGGGAGCCACAUCGCAACUACGUGACUCGCUACUGCCAGGGCCCCAAGGAAGUGCUCUUCCUGGGCAUGAACCCUGGACCUUUUGGCAUGGCCCAGACUGGGGUGCCCUUUGGGGAAGUAAGCAUGGUCCGGGACUGGUUGGGCAUUGUGGGGCCUGUGCUGACCCCUCCCCAAGAGCAUCCUAAACGACCAGUGCUGGGACUGGAGUGCCCACAGUCAGAAGUGAGUGGUGCCCGAUUCUGGGGCUUUUUCCAGAACCUCUGUGGACAGCCUGAGGUCUUCUUCCAUCACUGUUUUGUCCACAAUCUAUGCCCUCUGCUUUUCCUGGCUCCCAGCGGGCGCAACCUCACCCCUGCUGAGCUGCCUGCCAAGCAGCGAGAACAGCUUCUUGGGAUCUGUGAUGCAGCCCUCCGCCGGCAGGUGCAGCUGCUGGGGGUGCGGCUGGUGGUGGGAGUUGGGCGACUGGCAGAGCAGCGGGCACGACGGGCUCUGGCAGGCCUGAUGCCAGAGGUCCAGGUGGAAGGGCUCCUGCAUCCCUCUCCCCGUAACCCACAGGCCAACAAGGGCUGGGAGGCAGUGGCCAAGGAAAGAUUGAAUGAGCUGGGGCUGCUGCCACUGCUGUUGAAAUGAGUGCCUUUGGGGCCUUGCAUGGGACACAUUCAAGACCUCGAAGUCAUUCUUGGCCAAGCAGAUGACAACACAUCUGGACUGGAGCAAAAGGUCCUUCUGUGCACCCUGCUCGCUGGGAAACGUAUUCUUUGAUCUGUUGAACUGUCUUCCAACCUGCCAUGGCAGUUUUGACACUACUCCUGUUUGCCCUCUUGAUUCCUGCUUUCUUUACCUUUGAACAUUGCCCCUUUCAGGGGACCCCACUUUGUAGGGAAUCCGCAGAAGAUGUGCUUUUGCACUUGCAGACUGCUUUACCUCAGUGUUUCCUUGGGAGACUUUAUUCAGCUGAGAGUGCCCUAGACAGUAACUUCUAAGGUCACGUUUACUAUUUCAGAGGAAAUAUCUUGCCCGGAUACCUACCCAUCCUUACAGAACAGCUGCCUUUAGCUGACCCCUUUCCUCACAGGGACCAAGACAAAGCAUGGGACGUGAAAUUAAGAGUGAACUUCUUAUGGGAGGCUGCAGCUGGAUCAGAAGAAAAAUCCAUUGUGGCAGAGUGAAAGCCAGAAGACCUGGCUUUUCAUCCCAGCUUUGGAGACUUGGAACUUUUUGAUUGACAAAUUAAUAAACCUCUCUAUGCCUCAGGCUCCUCAUCUGUAAAAUGGGGAUGCCUACCUUAUGGGGUUGGUGUGAGGAUUAACUGAGAUAACACUUGAAAGUGCCUUGCAUGGGCUUGGCAUGUGGGUGCUCAUUACAUAGUCUUCUUGUUUUCUUGCCUCUGGGUUGAGGAUUCACAGCACUGCACUACAAGGGUAGCCCCUCUCCAUUCUGGAUACCUUGCUAGGGGAGAGUCUGGGCUUCCACCUGUGGCCAGGGUGAAGGGAAAAUUCUUGCCUUGUCAGAGAUGGAUCAAUGACUAUGAAAAACCUAGCCUGUGAUUUUUUUUCACUCUAAGCAUUAAAAGCUCCUAAAGCCU